UCAUCUUGGAUAAAUCCACUGUGCCAGUCAUCUUGGAUAAAUCCAUUGUGCUAGCCAUCUUGGGUAAAUCCAUUGUGCUAGCCAUCUUGGAUAAAUCCAUUGUGCCAGCCAUCUUGGAUAAAUCCACUGUGCCAGUCAUCUUGGAUAAAUCCAUUGUGCUAGCCAUCUUUGAUAAAUCCACUGUGCUAGCCAUCUUGGGUAAAUCCAUUGUGCUAGCCAUCCUGGAUAAAUCCAUUGUGCCAGCCAUCUUGGAUAAAUCCAUUGUGUCAACCAUCUUGGAUAAAUCCAUUGUGCCAGCCAUCUUGGAUAAAUCCAUUGUACCAGCCAUCUUGGAUAAAUCCAUUGUGCCAGCCAUCUUGGAUGAGCCAUUAUAA